AGUGCUAGACAUUACCGGCGGGCCACACUUCGAGUUCCCCCGUACCCUCCUACCCACGCAUUCAAUAGCGCAGGUAAGUACCAGCAGCUUCCCAGCAGCCAGCUAGGCCGGGCCGACCUUGCCGCGGCGCGCGUCGCGCGCGGCGGCCAUCUCCUUGCCCGUCGCGGGCCGGACCGUCUCGCCGGCGCGGUUGUAGUUGGUGGGCUUGAGCGAGAGGAUGAGCGAGUACAUCAUCGGGAGCUUCAGGACCAUCCAGGGGAAGGAAAGCAUGCCGUAGAGCACCUUGACGUGGAAGAGCUGCGCGUUCUGCACCCAGUCCGUGCCCCCCGGCUGGGCGUAGAUGAAGGCUACGAGGGCCAGGCAGCCCGCGGCGACGACGAGGUCGUAGCACAUCCAGUACCACACGCGGCCGCCCUUGCGCGCCACCGACGCGAGCUCGCCCCGGACCGGUUCGUAGUGGUAGCCGCCCUUGACCGCCGACCAGGGCAGCAGGCCGAGCGCGACCCAGCAGAGCAGGACGCGGGCGAAGAAGAGCCACAGCGUCUCGCGGAACGCCGGCUCGGAGCCCGGCGCGCCGUCGGAGCAGUCGGGGAUGCAGCUCGCGUACAGCGUGGCCCCGACGACCAUCGCCUGGACGCACGCCGUCGUGAACUGCGACGCCUUGAAGGACACGACGAAGUCCACCAGCUGGAACUCGUCGACCGGGCUCUCGGACCACUUGAACGCGAGCACGACGAACCACCAGGCCGUCGUCACGCCCCAGAGCGGGAACGCGCCGAGAGCCUGCGUGUAGAACCACCACCAGGGGUCCUUGACGCAGGCCCAGAUCGUCUUGUCGUGCGGGAACAUGUGGUAGAGCACGUGCGCGCGGACCCUCGCCGGGAAGUUCGGGCAGCACGGCGGGGCCGGCGCCGUCAUCUUCGCCGCGUCGUCGACCUUCUUGCGGAACGCGGCCGUGGCGCUCUCCAGGAUCAUGUCCCGCACCUCGGGCAUGAAGCCGUCGACGACGGCCUCGGCCACCCUCCGCACGGGCCGGGGCAUGUCGGGGUCGACGACGGCGGCCUUGGCCAUGGCGGCGAUCUUCUCGCACGCGAGGUCGACGCCUUUGGACGCCACGGCCACGCCCUUGGCCCGCACGGUCUCCUCGGCCUCGCCCGCCGCCCGCGCGGCGGCGCCCGUCACCGCGCCCGCGGCGCCCGCCGCCGCCGCCUUGGCCCCGGCGACGCGCUCCUCGCCCGCCACCUUCGUCGCGGCGGCCCCGGCCGACGACGCGGCCUGGUUCGCCGCCGCGCUCGCGGCCCCGGCGGCCUGGCUCGCCGUCUCUUUGGCCUUGGAGAAGAGUCCUUCGCCCUUCCCUUCGCCUCUCCCCAUGGUCUACACGCCCGACCUGAGAGGUGCUUCCUGUCACCGGACGCGUACGGCAGCUUUAGAGUUGGGCAGCUCCAACGGUACGCGGGCAGCCUGACAGCAUCUGCUCUUGUGUCAAUCACGAGCUUGUAAUUGGUGUACCCAAGAAGCGCUUGUAUGAAUU